CCUUCCGUACGAGAUCACACGUGCCUGGAGUUACCAUGGCGACACAUCAGCCUGCAUAAAAGUGAGCCCGCAGUGUUCACGUCUCGCUAUGUGAGGCGAGUAGAGGACUUUUCCACGAGGCGGAAAAACCCCACUCAGGACGCACAAGCUCCGGUCAAUGCCUCUGAACUCCUCCGACGAUAACCGGACCCUCUCGGUGUUCACCUCCAAGCUGACCCGCGCUGCUGACAUAUGCGUGGGACUGACCAUCCUCUCCGUCGUUCUGCUGUCUGUUCUGGGCAAUGGGCUGGUUCUGGUGAUUUGCUACCGCAGGAGGAAGAAGAUGGCGGGCUCGGAGCUGCUGUGCGUGAACUUGGCUGUGGUCGACUUCCUCUGCUGCAUCUGCUUCUACCCGCUCUCCAUCUUGUCCUCCUUUCGCCACGCCUGGCUGGGAGAAAACACCACGUGCGUUUACUACGGCCUCGGCUGCUUCAUCUUCGGCCUGUGCAGCAUGUUCACCAUCACCGCCAUCAGCGUCAUCCGCUACUUGAAGACGUGCUACAGCUUGGUUUACGCUGUGUGGCUGGAGAGCGCCAACAUCCGCAUAGUGUGCUGCGCCAUCUGGCUCGUGGCCGCAGUGUGGUCUAGCUUCCCUCUGUUCGGCUGGGGCGAGUACGUCCCCGAGCCUUACGGACUGUCCUGCACCAUCGCCUGGAGGCAUUAUCAUACCUCAGCCAAGGAUGCCUUCUACGUCAUCUCCUCCUUCGCCUUCUUCACUCUGGUUCCCAUCCUCCUCAUCAUGGUGUCCCAGUGUCAGAUCCUCUACAAGGUGUCCCGCUUCUCCUACCUGCUGUCUGCAAGAGGCAUCCGCAACAACCUGCAGUACACUGAAAAGCGGCUCUCCAUGAUGUUCUUCUGCAUCAGCCUGGGUUUUGUGAUCGCCUGGGCCCCGUACGCUGUUGUGUCCUUCCUCUUCAUUUUCCACAAGGAGAACAUUUACAUGGCCCCCGAGGGCUUUGUGUUCCCCGCCCUGUUCGCCAAAAGCUCCCACAUCUACAACCCGUUCAUCUACUUCUACUUUAACAAGACUUUCCAGCAGGAGCUUCGCUGCCUGCUCCUCUCUGUCUGGCCCAGGCUGGGGGGAAAUCGAGUAGGCAUCCACAUCGCCACGGCCCACCAAGCUCCAUAUCCCAUCCACAUCCAGCUCCAGGAAAGAGGCUGCAUCCCAAAGAAGAACUUUGGCUUGUCUCAGGACAGAACCCACAGUGAGAGCAAGCUCAAAGGCAAAGCGAUGCAUAAAAGCAGCCGUGUCCACGACAGGCCGGUGCACACCUGCUGGGGGUCCACGUCCAAGGGCACCCCAUCCGUCUUAGAGAACAAACCUACCAACUGCUCCCUGCCUGUCUCUAUAUGAACUCUGUGUAUCCCUGUUAAUACAUGCACAGCCGGGUCAGAUCUGUAAUUUAAAGGCAAUGUAGUCACACCCUGGUCAGCUAUUGUUUUGUAAAUUAAUGAGAUUUAAAGCAGUUUCUGCCUGGUUGGGGUGCAUCUUUUUGGAGAUUGAGCAGCGAAGUUUAUCAUUUACCUCCCACUGCGUUAGCUUAGCAGCCUGCACAUUUUGAAUCCUCAGAGUCCAUAAGUAUUAACUGAAUAACAAAUCUCUUUUCAGGGCUCAAAUCUCGAGUUAAAAAUGAACACUUUCAUCUUUCAUUCAGUGUUUAUACCUGCAAACGGACACAAUUGUGCGUCAUUUACUGAGACAAUUAAACUCCAUAACAAGUUACAUGUUUCAUGAUUUGUGUCGCAUAAUGUUUGUCUCAUGCAGACUUUAAACUGCCAACUCGCAUUUGCAAUGCAGGAUCAUAUGAAUUCAUCUCUAAAAUCAGUAUUUCAAAAAUUUAAGGCGUCUGCUCUGUGAAAGUGUAGUAAAAUCGUACAAAAUACUGUCAUUCGCUGUGUCUUUGUGACUUGCUGUUUUUCUUUCAGCCAACAGUUGCCUUUUCAACAUGCAGCGGGUGCACUUUUAGAGUGAUUGAACUAAUGGCUCGCUCUGCCUUAACUACUCAACACAAAGAAACAGGAAACAGGUUGCUUUUUCCCUCUAAUGUGCUUUUUAAAAUGAAUCCAGCUGACACGCUGCCAUUAACUUUGCAGAUGUAGCUCAUUCAGUGUGUGCUUAUGCUUGUGUAUGUGUGUUUAUACUGGUUGAAUUCCAUAUAUGUUUACUGUUUGUAAUAUUUUGUACACUGUGUGGUCACUCUCAUGCUCCUCAUCAUGUCAUCAGCGACAGCUGAAUUAGUAAUGUAAUGUAGUAAUGUAGAUAUGUGUAAUGUAUCAUGUUUUGAUUUCUUUGCAACCUUGAUGUUUUUCCUUUUAGUGACUUGUUUCUUAAUUUUUAAAAUAUAUGAUUUCACAAGCUGGGAUUUUAAUCUGUGAUUCUUCAUAAAUUGUCCAGUGUUUACCACCAACACUGGUGUCAAAUGACACCAGUGUUUUUAGCUCUCUUGUUUGAGCUGUGAAUCUUUGCAGCAUUUUAUUCUCUCCCCUUUGUGUUCUAAUGAAGAAGCCUGAAAAACCCUUACUGCUCCAACGCUCAGUUGUCUCGUUUGAUUCUGAACCAUUUUUAACAAUGUGUUUCAAGAACUCAAAAUCCUCACAGAUGAUGUUUGUUAUCAAAUCUAUUUGAACUGUGAA